GAGCGAGCGAGCGAGCGAGCGAGAGAGAGAGAGAGCGAGCGAAACUGCUCUGCUCUCGCCUACAUUUCAGGCGAGGCGUAUCUCAAACGAGCCCAAUAACUUCUGAAGCGACUUCAAGCGGUGCUACGCAGACCAACCGGUGUUUGACAAAGAACCGCGAGAACGAUUCGAAAACUUGAGUCCUCUGCUCUCUAUAGCUCGCGAUACUUUGGUGUCAAACACCGAUCGGUCUGCCCAGCGCCGCUUCAAGCCGAACACACCUUUGAGCAAUGGAGCUUUUUACGUUGUAGUGUAGUUAUUUAACCUCAUUACGGUUUUUGACCAUUUUGAUAAAUGCUGCCUUGAACAUAAAGUAUCUUAUUUGGUACUCUUACGUUUUGAAGGGCAACGUGUAUAAAUCCAAUAUAUAUUAUAUGUAAUUAACAACAUUAUUAAGAAUUUGAGAAUAAUCAUUCAUUAGUUCAUAAAUACGUUUAUACUGGUUUAUUUCAGUUGUUAUAUGUAGUGACGUAUUCAAUAAAAACAAUAAAUAACCAAUAAAUAAAAAAAUAACCAAUAGAACCAAUAAAUGUUUUAAUAUAUCGCAAGGUACAGAAAGGAAGAACACAACCAACUGAAAUAAAUCAAUGUAGACAAUAGCUAAAGGUUGCGCAGCUGUAGCCUAACCUUACACAAAGGGAAUGUCUGUCAUUCAGUCGUAGACGAUAGCAUAAAACGUGCAUAAACUCUUAUGAAAGGUAAACUUUAGUAUAGGCAUAAUUUCAGCGAGAAGCUGAAACUACAGUUAGCCUACCUUUAUUCAAGUACCUACACAUAAGGUAUAAAAUGUCGGAUCCGGAGUUUUCUGUAAAGCGGCUUUGGAACCAUUCGGCCCGCCCCGCUUAGCUACUAAUACACCUGCCGUGGCGUCUGUUUUGCCAUAGUUUGGAGCUUCAGUGACAAUCAAAUCACACGUAGCAGCUGAUAAAGAUUUUUACUACUACAUCAAGAGACAAACCGAGCAAAAUUAAUGAAACUCCGCCGCUUCUUCACGCUCAUAACCUGUGUUGGCCUCACCGGUAAGUAGCAUUGUAGCAUUUAAAAGCUCUCCGUGGUGUUGAUCUCUGUGAAGUACCAGUCACACUGCGCAUGCGGAAGUCGGAAAGCGGAAACGCGGGCUUUGGAGAGAAUGCCUUACAAACUUCAACACUGCCUUGUGAAUUCGUAUCAAGUGCCGUGGGCGACAUGACAGUGGAUGUAAAAAGGGGAGAAAACAUCAUCCUACCAGACAAAAAUCAUGUCAUGGGGGAUGUCAAUCGAGUGAUGCUGUGGAGACGUUACGAAAACGGCACACAAGCUAUAAUCUUCCGCUACUGUUCCAACAAAGAGACGAAGAGAGGGUGCCCCGCUAUCGACGACAACAGAGUCCAGCUUGGAUCUGAGAAUGUUUCUGUAAUCAUUCGUGAUGCCAGAGCCACUGACGCAGGAAGAUACAUUGUCGAAGUGAUCGGGGACAACACUAUCAGGGAAGAGUUCACCGUUGUAUUCACCGAGUCUUCUGGUGGCCAGUUCACAGUGAUCAUUGGUGUGGUCACUGGUGUGAUUGGUGUGGUCAUUGUAGGGUCAGUGUUUGCUGUAUACUUACGUAAAAAGAAAAACCUGAAGAAACUUGAUUCCUGUGACAGCACAGUGGAUUCAGAAGUGGCGGACAGUCAAUCAAGCAUCACUGGAGAUGAACACGACACAGACACAUCUUCUGAGGAACACUGCUUGGUAGAGAAGAAACCAGAAGACCUUCACAGACCAAAUCCAUAUGCAAUUAAUUCAAUCAAUAAUAAUAACAAUAAUAAUAAUAAUAAUAAUAAUAAUAAUAAUGAUAAUGAUAAUGAUGAUGUUAUUAUACAUAUGACGCCGACCAGAAGGCAACAUUUUGAAGAGGAAGUGGGCUAG